GCAGAACCACAGUGAGUGUCCGUGACACAGUUCAUGAGAAGUGAGAAAGCCGCUAACCAUUUUUAGACAAUAUACUGCGUGUUAAAAGGACAUUAUAUACAACACUGUAGGUGCUUUUUAGCCUUUACUGCCACCCACAGCAAGCAUUUAGAUAUUGAGAGCAAACCCUCAGUGAGAGAGGAAGUGUUUUUGAUGUCUUGGACUUCGAUUAGCUUUGAGUCAACAGUGUGAGCCGAGCUGCUGCAAGACAUUCAUUAACACAGCUAUGGCAGACUUUCAUGGAUAUCAUGUUUCUAUCUUUGGGGCACUAAUGCUUGGGAUUCUUCAGGGUCUGUGUGUUGUUUUAGCUGAUACAGACCCAGAGAAGGUGUUUAAAACUGGGAGCUCCCUGGAUCUAAAUGUACCAUAUCCAAAUGAUUCAAUUGUUUCUUGGGAUUUUAAUGGUAACCAAUUUGCUGACUACUCUAUAAGCCGUAAAUGCUCUGUUAGAGAAUCUCAAUUUAAUGGAAGAUUAAAAUGUGCUCGUGAUGUUAUCGGAGUAACGAUACAAGAUCUCCAACCCCAAGACUCUGGAACAUUCUCCAUUGUUGCAAUUGUACCUGGAAAACUGUAUCCCACACAGAGUAUUAAAAUUUCUAUUCAAAACCCCAUAAGAGCUGUGCAGAUUGAAAAGACUCAGAGGUGGCUGUUACCCACAAACAGCUGUGAUGUUGAUGUGACGUGUGCAGCACUUGGAGCUGAGAAUGUUUCCUACCAGUGGAGCGGCUACAGGCUGGGGAGUGAAGCUCACCUGCAGUUUAGGCUCUCACCAGCAGAAGGAGCUGUUACACUGAACUGUACUGCAACUAACAAAGUCAGCUCCAGUUUUGCUACAGAGACACUGAGCUGUAGCUCUGAAACAGAAGUUUCACUGCCAGUCCUCAAACUGAUCUGUAGUCUUGUAGCGGCCUCUCCAUAUGUGCUGGUGACCAUCAUUCUGGCUGUAAAAUGCUAUACAGCUCGAGGUCAUCAUAACAGUCAGAAUGCUGUUGCUGUAAUUGAGGAGUAAAUGCUUAACAACUUUACAAUUUACUGAAGUAACAAAACAUGUUUCUGCUUAAAUAUUUAACCUUCUCAAUAUUCAAUAUUCUACCUGGAGACGAUAGUAAAC